AUGGCUGUCUUUCUCAUGUUCUUCUUUCUUUUCUUCGCCACCUCUUCUGCAGCCUCUUCUAAAUUCGAUCUCCAAAAAGCUUACCCUGAUCACUGUGCUUCAUUUGUUCCCCAGUCUUCCCCGAAAGGAGACGCGCAAGGACCGCCAGACCAAAACUACCACACAGGUUACUACACCCGUGGCGGUGGCAGUGGCGUUCUUAGUCCUAGCCCAUUGUAUUAUCCUAACGACAACUCUGUUCAAUUCGUUAUCCAGAGCAUUGGAGAAACUGAUGUUCAAGGCCUGAUCAAGCUUCAAGGGAGUUUGAUAUUUCCGAGAGAUGCGUUUUACUUUGUGGGAAGUACUUCCACCACAAGUAGCGGGUCCUCAUCUCGAUCAGUUCUUCGUCCAAGAAGUUCAAUACGUGUUACACUUGGUGGGUUCUGGUCACAAUCUUCCGGGAAGCUUUGUAUGGUUGGUUCGGGUUAUGAUUACUUGGAAGGACGAAGUUAUUUGCAUCACAUUCAUUCUGUUCUUAAGCUCCACAAUUUCACGAACUCCGCUAAUGUCACAAGUUUGAUUAGCGGAACCUUGGAGAGCAUGACCAGUUCCGAGAAUGAUGCAGAUUAUUUCGAACCAAUCUCUAUUUUGAUGCUUCCUAGCAUGAACUACCAGUACACCCUGAUUUCAAAUAAAUCCGAGGCCAUCAGUGCUUCUGGUGGAGCUGAUGGUUCCAAUCCCACAAGUUCCUUGAAUAUAAAGAGAUUUUGUUCUCUUAUUGAAUGUUCGGAGAAUACACAAAGGUUGAGAGUCCUGGUGGAAUUUGAAGACAGCAGCAACUUCUGGUAUCGAAGGUUCGAUCCCAAUACAACACUGGCUGGGGAAGGUUCAUGGGAUGCAGAGAAAAAUCAGCUGUCUUUGGUUGCAUGUCGAUUCUUGGUUGCAGCAGGCUCUUGGAACAAUACUAGCGUCGGUGAUUGUUCAACAAGAUUGAGCUUGCGAUUUCCAGCUGUAUGGACAAUCGGAAACAGUAGUAGCAUGGUGGGGAAGAUUUGGAGCAACAAAACUGUGACGGAGUCAGGUUACUUUGAAAAGAUCACGUUCGAAAGUCUUGGGGAUGACAUUGGAAGGAUUCUGAUUCCAGGCGCGAAGUAUAAGUACACGAAAAUCAACACCGUAAACAAGUUGUGCCCGAAAAAGGAGACUGCUCGUGGCAAGACCAAUGUGUACGCGGAUCCGUUUUCUUAUGAAAUGAGAUUUGAUGUGUCAGCUAAGAAUUCUGAAGGACAAGUUGCAUGGGGCAGUUCUGUUCCGAUUUCUGUUGGGGAUCAAUUUUAUCAGGCGAAUCGGUAUUCGAUUGCAAGCGCUGAAGAUGAAGAUGAAUCUACAGCUCCUGAGAGAUACAGCCUCAACCACAGCAGAGCGUACAAUAUUAGCUACAAAAUAAGCAUCGACUGGCUACCUGAUGCAAAGUUUGGAAAUACAUCAGUUUUAAACGAAAUGCAGAUCUUUGCCGAAGGGAUCUAUGAUGAAACCGAUGGCAGCCUGUGCAUGGUAGGCUGCAGAAAACUGGCCUCAAAGGGUAAGCAGCCAACAGAUGAUUCUGUAGAUUGCGAGAUUGCAGUCAACUUUCAGUUCCCUACAACAAACCCAACCAAGAGUUCGGGUCUCAUCAAGGGCAGCGUAAAAAGCACACGAAAAAAGUCCGACCCUCUUCAUUUUGAAACUUGGGAUUUAACCUCAGCUUCCGUCACCCUCUUCGAAGAAAGGCGGUCCAUUUGGAGGAUGGAUGUGGAGAUCAUAUUGGUUCUUAUAUCCACCACGCUGGCAUGCUUCUUUGUGGUGCGACAACUCUUCCAUGUGAAGAAGUAUCCAGAUGUUCUUCCCUCCAUUUCCAUUUUCAUGCUACUAAUUCUAACUCUUGGCUACAUGAUACCCCUUAUGCUAAACUUCGAAGCCAUGUUCAUGAAUAGCACCAACCGCGAAAACGUGUUCCUUGGAACCGGAGGAUGGCUUAAAGUAAAUGAGGUAAUUGUGAGGGUGAUAACAAUGGUAGCGUUCCUGCUGCAAUUCCGUCUUCUGCAGCUAACUUGGUCAGCAAGAUCAAAAAAUGAAAAUCGCAAUGAGCUCUGGCUCAUGGAGAAGAAGACUCUCUUUGUGGCCUUACUACUAUAUGUUGCAGGGGCUUUCGCCAUUUUUCUUCUGCAUAAUCAGAUUUGGAAGAAGAGCAACUACGCCGAGCGCUCAAUUUUAAGCAUUGCCUUCAAAUCUUACUCUGGUUUGGUUAUGGACGGUUUUUUGCUGCCUCAAAUUGUGCUCAACAUGUUCUGCAAGUCAAAGGAAAAUGCUCUAUCCAUUUCGUUCUACGUAGGAACGACUUUUGUUCGAGCGCUGCCACAUGCAUACGAUCUUUACAGGGCUCACAACUUUGCUCAUCCCCAAUUCAACGAGUCGUACCUGUAUGCAAGCCCUGCAGCAGAUUUUUACUCCACUUCUUGGGAUGUCAUAAUUCCUUUUGGAGGUUUAGUGUUUGCUGGUGUCAUUUUCUUGCAGCAGAAGUUUGGGGGUCGUUGCUUUCUCCCCAAAAAGUUGAUAGAGUUGGGUGAAUAUGAAAAGGUCCCUACUGUUACCAUAGGGUAA